UUUACUGUUACUUUUCUUCAGUGAAACAAUUCAACUUAAUUGCAAUGAAAAACUGUGCGUGACAAAAUGUUGUGAGAAAAAUCAUGUAGUGUCCAAUGAUUCAUGUGUGCCCCAGUUAGAUAAAUCUGAGCUUGAUUAUCUUAAGCCACACUUUGAAAAUGUUAGUAACUUUCCUUUUAUUGAAUUUAUCAGUAAAACCUGUGACGAAGUGUCAUUGGAUGAUACGCAUUUCGUCAUUUUAAAUAACGGAUCUGUGUACGCAGAAAAUUAUGCGGAAUUAUUUAAUCGCAGCGACUAUUGUAUUGAUUAUUUGAGGAAUAUUGGAAAAUGGCAAGUUCACUUUUGUUACACGGAUGUUAACGAAGACGACGCUGAUCAAAAGAUGCAUAUGAUAUGCAUUAAAGGUAUGAUGGUAUCGAUACCAUUUUUAUUUCUGACUCUUCUUGUACACGUAAUGUUACCUGAACGAAAUCUACAUACAAAGUCACUUAUGCUCUACUUGACCACCUUAAUGAUGGCAUUUUUUACGUUAGUAACUAUCCAUUAUUUGGAUCUUUCCAGAAAAAUUCCGUGCCUCCUCUUCGGAUUUUUUUGUCUAUUUUUCUAUACUUCUUCAAUAUUUUGGAUUAAUGUAAUAUGCAUUGACAUAUGGUUAACAUUUAGAGGACAAAUUAAAAUUCUCAGUCGUCGCAAGGAAUGCAUGAGAUUUGUAUUUUAUUCUAUUUAUGCCACAUCAAUUCCUGUGACAAUUGUUCUGAUUGCCUUUUCAAUUAACCAGUACGGAAACAGUGAAGCAUAUUAUUAUCCUGGCAUCGUAACGGGAAAAUGUUUCUUAUCAAGCAAAUGGGCUUAUUUGUUGUAUCUGCACGGUCCCACGGGAAUAUUGCAAGGCUUCAAUAUAAUAUUAUUUGCUCUAACAGCAUUAAAAAUAAGAAAAGCAAAACGGGAGACCGACAUGAUAAGAAAUCAAAAAGACAAUAAUGUAACAUCACGGAACUCGCAACAGUAUUAUUUAUAUUUAAAACUAAUCUUUAUAAUGGGCGUUAAUUGGUCGAUAGAACUGAUCUCUUGGGCUCUGGAGUAUUACACCAAUACUCCGUUAUGGAUUUUUUAUGCAACUGAUUUCUUAAACGCCACCUACGGAGUGCUGAUAUUUAUUUUAUUCGUGUGCAACAAGAAAACGUUAAAUAAAUUACAAAAAAGAUAUUAUCAAUUCAUUGGUAAACCAGAUUUAGCUCGUAGCUCAAGUGGAACACACCGAAGUACCAGAAUUAUGAGUAAUUCAAAUUUUGAUGAUACUAACCAGAAGAACGAAAAACUAUUUCGUAAAGAAUCUGUUCAUCUAAAAGAAUAUCAGCGUCAAUAAAUAUUUACAGUGCUUUAACAGA